GUAGGCGGCCGGCUGGGCAAAAGCUGCUCAGCGGGGGGAAAACAAGAAGCACAUGAUAGCUGUUUGUGGAUGGAUCCUGGUACAAGAUGUACACAAAAAUGCUGUAGAAAAUCGUGAAUCAAGGUUUUUGGUCAAAAUAGAAGGGUUUUGAUUCUGCGUUCAAAAUUGUACUGGAGCCUAGUGUCUUUACCUCUACCUGCCUCCAGCGUGCUGAUACAUCGUGCUAAAUUACAGUACUGUAAACUGUUCUUUCAUUCCAUCGAAAAACUACUCGGUUCAAAGCAACCGACCAUAGGAAUUGCUCCAGUUCAAGCACUUCCACUCAACCUUUUCUAAUGUAAGUGAUAUCAAUCGAUAGCUCUCUUCAAUUGUCGAUUGAAAACGUCUUGAAAUGUAGCAAAAAAGCAAGUGUAACCGAUUUUAUUGCGUGUUCAGUGUAGCUUCUUUUUUCCGACGACUGCUUCUUCCGACGUCGGCAAGCAGCAACAUGAGCAACACGAGACGCCCUUCAGGGGCCCCUGUCCCCAGCCUUCCACUCACGAAAACUAAUCCCCUCUUGACAACAGCAUUUCUCACGGGAAUCAAAUCGUGACGGUCGUCCGAGGUUUCGUUUCGAUUUGAUCGGAAUCGUUUUUUAACCCGUAACAUAACGCCUUUCAACACAAGAGCAGGCUACUUCAAAACGUACAUAUCUUCUUCGCAUCAUGCCGAGUUUCAACAGAGUCACGAUACUAGCGUUCAUGUUUGCUUUAGCAAACUGGGUUCAGGUUGCUACCUCCGCUCAUGAAAUAGUGGGCGAUAUCAAUGUCAACCGCCGCCAGCUCCUAGGACGAAUCGAACUCGUCAUGUUCAAAAAGAUCACGAUGACUAUCUCUGGAGACAGCAUUUCAAAAUGGUGUGUACAGCUGACGAUCCCAUCCUCUCAAUUUGAUGGCAAAAUGAUAUGCAGCAUUCAAGGAAUUUCUGAAGAAUUUAUUAAGUCUUUUCAUCCUAUUUCUGGGCAAUCUGUGAUGAAGACUACGGGUGCUUAUCUCCAGAGAUCAUUUAUUACUUCUGAUUUAGAGCUAGCUAUUGCCGAUGAAGCAUCCGUAAGCAUAGAAAAAUUGUCAGAAGACGACGCCCGCUACCAUGGACGAACACUUGAUAACAACAACCCAGGUCCUGCUCUCGGCACAAAAUAUCUUUUGGUUGCUCGUAUCAUCGAUAGUACUGGGUCUCAGCCUUCAGUUGAUGCAAAUACAAUGCGGGAUCUUUUAUUUCGAAAUUCUUUGUCUGUCAAUUCACAUUAUUCUGCCUGUUCCAGAAACCAAUUGGACAUCCAACCUGCCCCCAUUGGCAAUGGUGGAGUCGUGGACGUUUCCAUCGAUGUUGCUGCAAAAGGUGUAAAUGUUGAACAGGCAAGUCAAGACGCUAUAAAAAAACAAUACAGUG